UAAUGCUUUUUGUUGUACACAUGUAUGGCUUAUUUUAGGAUGCAGUGACCUACGAUGAUGUGCAUGUGAAAUUCACCAGAGAAGAGUGGGUUUUGCUGGAUCCUUCCCAGAAGAGUCUCUACAAAGAUGUGAUGCUGGAGACCUACAGGAACUUGUCUGCUAUAGGCUACAACUGGGAAGACCGUAAUAUUGAAGAACAUUGUCAGCGUUCUAGAAGACAUAGAAGGUAUAGAAGAAGUCAUUCUGGAGAGAAACCUUAUGAAUGUAAGCAAUGUGGUAAAGCCUUUGGACGUCACAGUCAUCUUCAAAGGCACAAAAGAUCUAAAUCACAUCAAAAUCAUCUUCAAAUACAUAAUAGAAUACAUACUGAAAAGAAAACCUAUGAAUGUAAUCAAUGUGGUAAAGCCUUUACACGUAAUGGUAAUCUCCUAAUACAUAAAAGAACACAUACUGGAGAGAAACCCUAUGAAUGUGACCAGUGUGGUAAAGCCUUUGCACACUACAGUCAUCUCCUGAUACAUGAAAGAACACAUACUGGAGAGAAACCCUAUGAAUGUGACCAGUGUGAUAAGGCAUUUGCAUGCCAUGGUCAUCUCCUAAGUCAUAAAAGAACACAUACGGGAGAGAGACCUUAUGAAUGUAAGCAGUGUGGUAAAGCUUUCGGACGACACAGUCAUCUUCAAAGGCAUGAAAGAUCAAAAUCACAUCAAAAUCAUCUUCAAAGACAUAAAAGAACACAUACUGGAGAGAAACCCUAUGAAUGCAAUCACUGUGAUAAAGCCUUUACUCGUAACAGUUAUCUCCUAAUACAUGAAAGAACACAUACUGGAGAGAAACCCUAUGAAUGUGAUCAAUGUGAUAAAGCCUUUGCGUGUCACAGCAGUCUCCGAAUACAUAAAAGAACACAUACUGGAGAGAGGUCCUAUGAAUGUAACCAAUGUGGUAAAACCUUUGCAUGCCACAGUAGUCUUCGAAUACAUAAAAGAACACAUACUGGAGAGAAACCCUACAAAUGUAACCAAUGUGGUAAACAAUUUGCUUAUCAUAGUGUUCUCCAAAUACAUAAAAGAACACAUACUGGAGAGAAACCCUACAAAUGUAGUCAAUGUGAUAAAGCCUUUUCAAAACUCUUUUCCCUACAAACACAUAAAAGAACACAUACUGGAGAGAAACCCUAUGAAUGCAAUCAAUGCGGAAAAGCCUUUACUGUUAACAGUAGUCUCCAAAUACAUAUAAGAACACACACUGGGGAGAAACCAUAUGAGUGUAACCAAUGUGGUAAAGCCUUUGCAUGUCAUAGUAGUCUCCGAAUACAUAAAAGAACACAUACUGGAGAGAAACACUACAAAUGUAACCAAUGUGGUAAAGUCUUUGCAUGUAACAAUCAUCUCCUAAUACAUAAAAGAACACAUACUGGGGAGAAACCCUAUGAAUGUAACCAGUGUGGUAAAGCCUUUGCAUGUAACAGUCAUCUCCUAAGUCAUAAAAGAACACAUUCUGGAGAGAAACCUUAUAAAUGUAAGCAAUGUGGUAAAGCCUUUGCACGUCACAGUCAUCUCCAAAGGCAUGAAAGAAUUCAUACAAGAGAAAAACGCUAUGAAUGUAACAAAUAUGGUAAACACUUUUUACAGCAAAAUAAUCUGCGGAUACAUAAAAGAACACAUACUGGAGAGAAACCCUAUGACAGUAAUCAAUGUGUUAAAGCCAUCGCAUGUCAUAGUAGUCUUUGAGGACCUGAAAAAGCUCAUACUGAAACUGAAGGGAAUCCAUGACCAUAAAGGAUGUGAUAAGAUCUUUAGCUAACACGCUUACAUUCAGUUAUACAAUAUUCUUUAUCCCAGGGCAAAUACCUGGCAAGUCUCAACAA